UCUCGUCGUGUCGCUCGUCGCUCGCCAUUCAGUUCAGUCCCUCUCUCUGCCUGUGCACGCGCGCUUGGUUGUGAUCUUCAUCGUGAUCGACUGAUUGUAUGUACACGGCGCGCUGUCCGCCGGAGAACAUUGUUUUGCAGAGUUGGCUGUUAUCCACGUUUGUUUGAGAUUCAAUGACUGUUGCUAAAGCCAUGAAGAGUCCAGGUCAAAAGCCGAAAACCCCCAAGAAGGGUCCAUCUACACCGAAUGUGAAAUCCCCCAAAGGGAAAGGUGUAGGAACUCCUGCCGGAACUCCAAAACAAACCCCUGGCAAAGGUCCGAAAGUGGAUCAGAAGACCCCUAAGAAGCCCUUGGCUCCUGCAAUGGCUCCUGCAAAUGGAACUCCAAAGCCUAAAACACCAAAUGCGAACGGUUCUACCAAGCCUCAAACUCCAAACCCUAAGGCAAAUGCUACACCCAAAUCCAAGACUCCCAAGGGUAAUGCUACGCCAAAGUUGAAGACACCCAAGGCUGCUAAUGAGAGUCCUAAAUCUCUUGGCAAACGGUCUGCAGAAACGGCUGGUCUUGAUAUCAAUACCUCAUCAAAGUUUGCUAAGGUCCUACGAAUUUAUAACCUACCCUCAAUGGAGAAUGAGAAGCUGAUGGGAGAGGUGAAAAAACUCUUAGAACCAAGAGGUGAAAUUGUCAAGAUGAGACGUGAGAAACCCUGCAUUGUUGUCGAGUACUCUAAUGCAGAAGAUGCCCGUGCUGCCAAGAAGUUGAAUGGUGUUGUUGUCGGAGGCCGUCACCUCACCUUUGUCCAUGGAGAAGAUAGAACUCUGCCAACUGACCACAGAAUUACCAUCACACAUUGUCCUAACAAUAUGACUGAUGAAGAUAUCUGGUCUCUCUUUGGAGGUUGUGGUAAAAUCCUUUCUAUCCACUUUAAUCGUCACUGGAAGACCAGGAUUAUUCAGAAAUGUUUUGUCACUUUUGAUAGCAAAAAAGCUGUGCAGGAAGCACUUUCUCAACCCAAAACUCUAGGUGGUAAGAAGCUUUCUGUGUCUGAAGUUACCACUGAUACCAGAGUUCUACACGCUACUUUCCCUGCGGAUAGCACAGUUUAUCUUCUUGGUAUUCCUGCAGAUGUAGCAGACACAGAUGUAAAGAAACUUGUAGGCAAAGUUUGUCCUGUUACUGCUGUUACUAUUGUUGAAGCCGCCAGGAGAUAUGCCAUUGUUUAUAUUACUAAUGAAUCUGAUGUUGAGAAAGCUCUUAAGCUUAAUGGCACACAAUUUAAUGGUGCUAAAUUAAGAGUGGAAAGACAUAGAAAAUCAACUCAUUACAAGAAAUCGGAGGAGGCUACAUCAAAGAAGUCCAAAAAGGAAGUUCCAGCCAAGAAACAGAAGCUUGACAAGAAAGCUUCUGUCAAAGCAGAACCUGAAGACAGUGAUAAUGACGAAGAGGAGGAUGAUGAAGAUGACAGUGAUGAGGAUAUGGGUGAAGACUUGUUAGCAGCUUUCCAGGGCAAAAUGCAGAAGCUUAAGAAAGAGUCUGCUACCGAAGACGAUGAUGACGAUGACGACGAGGAGGAGGAUGAUGAUGACGACGAGGAGGAUGACGACGACGACGAGGAAGACGAGGAUGAUGAUGACGACGAGGAAGAUGAGGAGGAUGAUGAUGACGACGACGAGGAAGAUGAAUGAGGUGGGAGGCUUAAUUUUCUGGGACUUUUAUAUUGCAGUCAUAAUUCCAUCAAACUUCGGUUUCAUCUCAUCAUUCAUAGCUUAAUUUAUAAGUACUUCAUACUGGCUUGACAAGUCACUGUCCAAUUCUAUAUAUUGUUUCCUAUUACAGUGCAAACUGUAAAAAUUGGUUAGAACAUUUCUUUAAGGACAACUGUGGAGUAACAGCUGUUGUCAAUGGGCAUCAAACUGUAUGUACAAAUGUGUUUGUGUGAUCAAUUGUUAAAUUUUGUGCUCAGAUGUAGUUUGCAUGCAUAGUAUUCUUUUAGUGUACAUACCCUUAGGAUAAUUAUUCAAAUUUUGUCUUCAUUUUGAAGUCAUUGACUUUAAAGUAUCGAUUGUUUUAGAAUUGUUACCAGACUCAACUUAAGACAGUUGGACUUUUUUUUAUAUACAUAAAUGAAAAGAAUGAAAUGUUAAAAUAAUGUUCCCUGUGAAAACAUUAAAAUGUUACAAACAGCAAAA